AGGAAAUUUUACUUACAUGCGGACAACCGCGGAGCCCCCCAGGAUCUAACGAUGUGGACAGAGGUCGGAAAGCUCGUGCUAUUACAUCUGUUACUCCUGGAGCUCCAUUGCGCUAAAGGAACUCACACGCAGUCAGAGUGUGAGACCGGGCAGUUUCAAUGCAAGAGCGGAGCGUGCAUCCCGAUCGUGUGGAGAUGUGAUGGAGAUGAUGACUGCCCCGACAGCAGCGAUGAGGAGAAUUGUCCGAAGAAGACGUGCGCAGCCACAGAUUUCACCUGUAAGAAUGGACAGUGUCUUCCUGCUAGGUGGCGCUGUGACGGAGAAGUAGAGUGCGCAGACGGUUCAGAUGAAGCCGAUUCAAUCUGCAGCCGACAGACCUGUCCUCCGGAGAAGUUUGAUUGCGGAGGGGCUGCCAGCAAAUGUGUUUCAUUGUCAUGGCGAUGCGACGGAGAAAGGGACUGCGAGAACGGGGCAGACGAGGAGCAGUGCGCCGCGGAUGGCAAGGCCUGCCCCUCCAAAGACUUCCAGUGUCGUAACGGGAAAUGUGUGGCACCGAUCUUUGUGUGUGACGGAGACGACGACUGCGGGGACGCCAGCGAUGAGGAGAAAUGUUCGGCUCCCACCUGUGGGCAGCAUGAGUUCCGCUGCAACGACUCGGAGUGCAUCCCCGCCCUGUGGAGCUGUGACGGCGACCCCGACUGCAAGGACAAGUCAGACGAGUCCAUGGAGCGCUGCAGCCGGAGGACGGAGCCCCAGAAACCCCGCUGUCUGGUGAGCGAGUUCCAGUGCGGGAGCGGCGAGUGUGUCCAUUUGAACUGGAAGUGUGACGGCGAUGCAGACUGCAAGGAUAAAUCAGAUGAAGCAAACUGUCCACUGCUUACGUGCAGACCUGAUGAGUUCCAGUGUGGCGAUGGCUCCUGUAUUCACGGCACCAAGCAGUGUAAUAAAGUUCACGACUGUCCGGACUACAGUGAUGAAGCAGGUUGUGUCAACGUUACAAAAUGCGACGGGCCCAAGAAGUUCCGCUGUAAGAACGGGGAGUGUAUCGACAGCAGCAAGGUGUGCGAUAACGUGAAAGACUGCAAGGACUGGUCAGAUGAACCUGUGAAGGAGUGUGGCCUGAAUGAGUGUGCAGACAACAACGGUGGCUGCUCCCACAUCUGCAAGGACCAGAGAAUUGGUUAUGAGUGUGACUGCCCCUCUGGCUACAAACUCCUGGAUAAAAAGACGUGUGGAGACAUAGACGAAUGUGAGAACCCAGAUGCCUGCAGUCAGAUCUGCAUCAACUACAAAGGGGAUUACAAGUGCGAGUGCUAUGAAGGUUAUGAGAUGGACCCUGCCUCUAAGACCUGCAAAGCCGUAGGAAAGAGUCCGUACCUGCUGUUCACUAACCGUCAUGAAAUCCGUCGUAUUCACCUGCUGAAGAGUGAGUACACACAAGUGGUCCCUACACUGAAGAAUGCCGUGGCCCUGGAUGUGGACGUGUCCACCAACAAGAUGUUCUGGUGUGAUCUGUAUCAUCAGAAAAUAUACAGCGCUUACAUCAACAAGGCCAGUGACUCAUCACAGCAGGUGACGCUCAUCGAUUCGCUCCACUCCCCGGAGGGCCUUGCUGUCGACUGGGUCCACAAGAACAUCUACUGGACGGACUCAGGCAAUAAGAGCAUAUCUGUCGCUACGGGAGAUGGCAGGAAAAGGAAAAUGCUCAUAACCACCGAGCUGAACGAGCCACGAGCCAUCGCUGUGGAUCCGCACCAAGGGUUUAUGUACUGGUCAGACUGGGGAGGUCAGGCCAAAAUUGAGAAGGCUGGGAUGAAUGGAGUGGAUAGACAAAUUUUGGUGUCUGAACACAUUGAAUGGCCCAAUGGAAUAACUCUAGACUUGUCCAACAGACGACUUUACUGGGUGGACUCCAAGCUGCACCUGCUGUCCAGCGUGGAUUUCAAUGGUGACAACCGCAAAGUGCUGCUCUCCUCGCAUCACCACCUGGGCCAUCCAUUUGCCCUCACUGUCUUUGAGGAUCGUGUGUAUUGGACAGACUUGGAAGAUGAAGCGAUAUACAGCGCCAACCGACUGACGGGACACGAUGUGGCCAAGGUCGCAGAGGACCUUAACAACCCCCUGGACCUGGUGGUGUUUCAUGAACAGAGGCAGCCCAAGGGUCCUGAUACCUGUAAUAUGGGCACACUGCCUAAUGGUGGCUGCGAGUACCUCUGCCUGAAGGCGCCUCAGAUCACAGACCACUCCCCCAAGUACACCUGCGCCUGUCCUGACGGCAUGGAGCUAGGACCAGACAUGAGACGCUGCGCCAUCAUUCGACCGCGAACAACCACGACAGCUGCCCCCACCACAACCACAACUUCCACGACGACCACCACAACAAGCACAACAACAACAACUCCCACAACCGUUGCCACGACCACAACGCCCUCUACCACCACCACCAGCACCACCUCUGCUACUACCACAUUACCACCCACAGCCAAGACUACAACACCAGCCCCUCCUCAGACCACCAGGAGCGGCAGAAUCACAGAGCACCCUCGGACUCCCGCCGCUACCAGUACAGAGACGACCAGUUUGAGCAGCACUAGUCAGAAGUCCACGUCCACGCACACACCCUUAUUGGCUGCCGUGGCUCCCAACAGCAUUCAGAAAGAGAGCAAUGCCAACCUCUCCCACAGAGCUGCGAGUGAUCACUACCUCAUAGGUAACAACAUCACAGUAGCUGUUCUGGGGAUAGUCAUUCCUAUCGUCCCUAUCCUUGCCACAGUGGUCAUCGGAUUGCUCUGCACCGGCGGAUACCUGGUCUGGCGCAACUGGCGGCGCAAGAACACCAAGAGCAUGAACUUCGACAACCCGGUGUACCGCAAAACCACAGAGGAUGACGACGACGAGAUCCACAUCGGGCGUCAGAGCGAGUCCAUCGGUCACGUCUACCCAGCAGUGAGUGGCAGCCACAGUCAGCCAUUCAUAGCGCUUCCUCUAGGGGGCGGCGUCACAGACAACAACUCUCACUGGUAUUCGGGGGCGCCGAUGCUCUCGAACGCUAAGUGAGAGGUACUGCGGAGGAAAGGAAGAGGUGUGAAAUAUUGGGAGUUGGCACGAGGGUUUGGAAAAGCCCGUUUUCUUGUACAUGUCAGCCUGGUGAAAAGAAAGAACAGGCUCGCACACGUUCACAUAUCAUUUUGUUUUUGAAGUAAUUACCGAACACACCUGUCACGUGUACACGUAAACCCUCGACACAUUCGUUCACCUUCAGCGACCAUAUUCAUGCGAUACAUCCCUGCUGCCGACCCGCCAUCCCAUUUAUUUGUGCAUCGUGUUAGUGUUUUUGGUUGUUGAAGUGAGUGAUUCCCAUUUCCUGACAAAACCCUUGUGCACAGGCAAAGCAUUAUUCCUUUGCUUCAGAAACGUUCAGCAGCCAAGAAAUCAUGAUUAGUGCAGAUGAGAUGCAAAAAAAGAGGUGAAAGAGGAGUCGCUCUAUAGCCACUGCUCACGAAUAAAUUGGACAUGUAGAGUAGAUAGUUGCAUCAUAGCAUUGAACUAAUGCGAUUUUGUUUUGAGGUCACCCAAAAUUUGAAAAAGGGAGCACAAAUCAGGAUGAAGGACUCUCUCGAAAUACAAUUUAUCUUGCAGAAACCAUAAAUCUCAGCAACACAAUCUCAGGAUUACCCUGAUGACUUCCCACUGAUGUAUAUGCAGUUUUAAAAGUCACUGGAAGCUGCAUUUUCUACAAACCCUGGACACAGCGGCAGCUGCAACACGUAGCAGUAAAGUAAAAUGCCCUUAUAUCCAGGCUGUGCGUCAUUAGGAGUUUAUGACAUUUACCGAAUGUGCUUCUUGUUUUGGGUGUCAGAGAGCAAGCGGCGAAGGGCAGCCAAAAAGGAUAAAGGAGGGAGGGUGAGACGGGAGUCUAGCGCUUUGAUCUGUUGGCAUGGUAACACAGAUUUCUUUGUGUCACCCCGGAGAGAAAGAAGGCAAAGAAUUCUGGGUAUCACUGGCAUGAUGACAGGCGGGAAGCACGCUCAGACAGACACUGAAACAGGUGCACGACUGAGUCAUAUUAAGAUUCAAGGUCGAAGUAACAACCUACCCUCGCCGAACGAGAGAGGGGACUUUACUCCUUCUCUCUCGUUUUCCCAGUUUUAUUACAAACAUUUGUACAAAUCUUAUGUAUUGCCUUUUAUCUCUUUAGUGGUUUUCAUCCUCUUCUUUUCUCUUCCUAACUUUUUCUUGCCCUUUGUCUCAGUGUGGCAGCUCGGGCAGCCAGAGGAAUCAGGCUUGCAUUAUGUGGGCCAGACUUUCCCAACCGUAGGCAGGCAGCCUGCAUUCCUCGCUACGAGCAGCCAGGGAAGGAGGGGACAAACAAGGCGUUGGGGGGGCUGAAUUGGAAAGAAACGAAGACGAAGGUCGGGGAGAGGAGGCAGAAUAGUGAGAGGGCAUCACAUAACAAAGCUGCCAUUUUUCUUCUGGGUUCCACCUAGACUGGAAUCUUGUCUCCCGUUCUCCUCUUUUUCCACUGAGCCUCUCUGUUUUCAUUCCCCGCUGUUCUAUCUCACUUCUUUCUCCUUAACCAGCCUGCUGUGGUAACGGUCUUUUUAUCUGCUGUUUGCAGCGCGUGGCACUCAGUCUGGAGGAUGAUGGCUAUCCCUGAGGGAGGAGGGGGAUGCAGCCUGCACCCCUGCGCUCCCAUCCUGGCCCCCUCCUCUCACCACAGCCUCUAGAUCACUACAAUGAGGCCAGUACAACGCAGAGGAGAAAAGAAAAGGAGACCUCAUUUUGCCUCCCCGUUUUUAAAGAGCAGGGAUGACAUGUACACCUGUUAAAUCCCACCUCCAUCUCCUACCGUCUCCACUGGAGUAACACUACUACCAUUAUUAGCUACUACUACUACUAGUUUAGUAGCCUCUGCUCCACUCCUCUCUUCUCUCUGCCUCUUGUUAGCACCAGUGCUGCUCAAAAUGCUGCUUGAUGAUGAUAUUGUCCAUACUAACCUCAUUCAGCUGUCUCAGUGCACUUUGUAAAUAAAUGGAUUUCUGGCCGCCGUGCAAGCAGGAGAAGGCGGCAUGCAUCAUUUUAAAUUCCUCGUGCUUUCACUGUAUUUAUUUCUGUUGCGUUUGCUGUUGUAAAUAUGUGACCAGCACCUCUCAGUGCACAGCACGAAAGACAAGUUUGGAAGGAUGGUGCGGUACAGUGGCAAGCAAGGACGCUGUAUUUCUUCAUUGUCAUGUAAGGAGACCUUUUUUAAGGGGUUUGUUGCAGGGGCGGUGUCAUCAUUUUUCACACCUAGUCCCUCAGAUUUGCCCUUUCACUUACUGUAAAGCUAAAUAUAGCCAAGGAGAGGAAAACUGAUGGGGUCGUCUGUACAUUUAGAGGUGAUUUUGGGGAUAAAGGAGACUUUUUUUUUUCUUUCUUUUUUUUUCCUUUGCAAUUGGAGGGUUUGUGCUACCAGAGGGUAGUGCCUCAAGGCUUAAAGCAGCAGGGUAGAAAGGCAAAGGAUUAUGGGUAAUCCCCUCUCCUCUGCCAUCAGAGGUGUGCAUACAGUCAAUAAUGAACUUGGGAUUGUUUUCCUGUUUGCACUGAGUAGCAAGAAUCCCACAUGUGUUUCUGAGUCUUCAUUUGCAUCUGCCAGCGUCAAUAUUCUAGCAGCGAGAACAUAUUCUUUGAAUUGAUGCAGGGAAUUGGAUGUUAAAUAGUUGUUUAGUGAUCGGAUUUAAAAACAUGUAAGUGCAUGCUGCACUUGCUGUAUAGGAAUCCUGGAGGAAAUGAAGAGUGAGAUGACAAGCAAGAAAACACAGAGGUGUUUGACUUUGAGUGACCCCAUAAACAUCAGUCCCAGCUGGGUUUUUUUGUUUGUUUGUUUGUUUUGGGAUGAGGUGGGUGGGGGGGCUACCUUUACUCCCCCUUUUUAACAAUGCAGCUGUGUGUUUUCUGGAUGUGAUGCUGUAUUUCUCAUGUCUGUCACUGUCACCGUCUCUGUGCGGUGCGCAGAUGAGUAACACACCGAGGCCGACUGAGCUGAGCGCCGAUUUGAAAAAUGGGACCUGAUCUCCCUUGGUUUGCUUCGAACCAGCUUCCAGCCUAUUGAAUCAGUUGCGAUUCAUGCCAAUGAAUAUUGUAAUAAUUGCUCAUCUUGUGCUGGAACAGCGAAUCACUAGAGGCCGCGAUGACAGAAUAGUAGAACUGUUACAAGUAGUCGAGGCAAAUUGCCAGCAUUCUUAUUCAGGACAUCAUUUAGUGUCCUAAUUGAAAAUUUGACAGUUUUAAGCACAGUUAAAACACAUUAUAUACUCUGUAAGGCAGUUUUGGAUGGUCUAAACUAUAAGUACAUGAAACACUCGUCUUCUUGCCUAAUGAAUCUGAUCAAUGCUGCAUUUAAGAUCCUACAUAUUGGACUAGUAAAUCCAAUAUGACUAAAUAACACACACACACAAAGGUUCCCAAUGCAAAUGUUAAAGUCUUCCAUCCUAGACUCAGUACGGUCUCAGAUUAUGUAUUCAUGCAACAGUUGAUUAAUGACGGUUAUUAUUCAUGGAUUUCACUAUUUCUUGGAAGGCUUAGCUUCAGCGUAAGAAGCUCAGAUAACCACGAGGGAGGAACAGAAAGGCAAGGAAAACAAAGAUGAAAGGUGGUGUAGGGCUUGACUGCCAGAAUUUACACCGCCAUAUGUGAGCAGGUUUGUACUUGGAAGAUGAACGGUGGGUCGUUUGUUUUCCCGGAUUUCUGCCAGUGUUGGCAUCGCCUUAUUCUGACAGUCGCUCCUCUUGCCUCCCUCGAAAGGAUGGCACUCUCUCCUCUCAGUUUAUGAAGCACAGUGGGUGAUUUGUAUGAACUGUGUGUGACAAGUAGCAAGCCAGACAGGUAAAUUGUAGUCCUCUCCAGCAGCGCGCUCCCCCUACACCCAUCUAACGGAGGAGGAUUGAGCGCUAGGGGGAGGCCAUCUCCCUUCAUCUUCACCUUGUACAGAUGAAGCAAAAUGUAAUGCACUGCACAGUGGGGCAGAUUGGGACUCCACUCAGCAUGACGUUAGACUGGUUUGUUAGUUUCCACCAGUGACUGCUUUUUAGGCCUUUAAGAAUUGACAUAUAUUGAACAGAUUUGAUGAAACACUGAAAACAAUGAUGUAGAUUAGCCACUGGAGUUUUUAUGCGUAUAGGAUCCAGUUCCCAAAGGAGAGAUUAGGUAGUGAUGGAAAAAAUCUGGAUGUAAGAUAUCUUUGUGAAUUUAAGAUUAAAUAAAUCACAGCUCCCUGAGCUGAGUCAGCUCUGCGUGCCAACACUUUCCUUCAUGUCCAUGUUUGCUUCAGGUCUAAUCGAGUUCCAUGCUGGAGGUGGGGGGUGCAGGUAGGAGAAUAAAUUGCUUAUUUAUUGAGGUGUAGGAAACUUAUUAUGGCUACAGUGUGAAGACAGAUUGGCUGGUCCACUGUGUGGUCACCUCAAGAGCAUUCGUCUAUUCUGAAGGACAUUGAAAGAAGCCCAGAACGGUCCUUUGUCUGUAACUAUUCAAGGUAGUAAUUGUAGUGGCAAUGGAGGGCUUACUGUGACCAUAGGCUAUCUAGACAUCUGCUUCACUGUUGUUCCAUAUUUACAAGACUAUUAAGGGACUAACCACUGGUGUGAUGUCAGCUAUAUCAGCUUUUUUCCUCUAGGUCAGAUAAGCUUAGAGUGCACUGGGUCACUAUUUGUUUUUUAGUUCAGUGUUUAUCUAGUAAUCACUGCUUUAGAGAACAAAGUGCAACAUUAUAAACGAUACUGUGAGUUCUUUAACACUUAAUGGGGAAAUAUACUGCACUAAAAUGAACUUUUUCCUUGUAGACUGUGUUUACUGAAUUGAAAAUGUUGAUGUACGUCUAAAAAUGUCUUGCUAGUAAACUUGAAAUCUUUGAGAAAAAUGAGUUAAUUAAAUGAGUUGGUCUUGGCAUUGUUGUGUUGUAUGGAUUUCUGAGUUACUGGAACUCACUACCUUUUGUUGAAGGAAGAAAACAGGGUACAUUUGUUCUGGUGAUUUACAUUUAAGUGAACGCUUUGCUAUUUUACUUUUAACACAGAAUCAAUGCUGUCACCUAGAAAUGACAUUUAUAUGGUACUUAAUACUAAAAUGUUAUCUGAAAGGCCGAUUUUAUUGGUUGAUGUUGCAUAGUUUGUCCACUAGAGGGCGCGUCGCAACUUCCCUGUUGGCGGUAACAAGCAGCAGAUCCAAACAACAUCAGGCAGUGUGUAAAUGAGUAAACAACCACAUAUCAGCUGAUAUGAGUUUAUCAAAUUUAAAUCAGCAGUUGUGACUAUUGGUUUUAAGAAUUCUAUAUCGUUCAGACGCUUGUAGAUGCUAGCUUGUUUUGUCUUUUUGUUUUGUUUGUCUUUGAAGGAGAAUACAUUAUGCUUAUAUACCAUGCCCAACCAGAAUUGGCAAUCAGAUGUUCAAGGUGAACAGAUGGCAUACAAAACAACAGAAGAGCUAUUUUCCUUUCUGUUUUAGAGCUUUUAGUUGACUGCUGCUCAAACAGCUCUCACCUACAGUCCAAAUAGAAACCAGAGCUAAUAUUUACAUAUAUCAUAUCAGAACUAUAUAAAAGGACUAAUAUGGUCCCUUUAUAUGUAUAGACGCCUACAGCUACUACAUAUAAAAUGUGUUGCUAGAGACUGUGUUUUGCUUCAGUGUAGUUUCUAGGUGACAGGAUUGAAAUGAAUAUAAGUUGUUAUUUUAUGUAGAAUGCAUACUGUUUACACCAGCAAAAGCAUAUCUAUAGGCAUAUUUAUAAUAUUUAACUCCUUGAUAUUUAACUCUAUUUAACUCGUUCACUGAUUGAGAAAACAAAUAUUCAGAACAAUCCUAAUGGACAUCUUAAGUGCAUAAACUGUGCAAAUUGUUACUAAACUGAGGGAGGAAGUUGUUGCUUGUUAUCAGCGUAAAUAGUGAAUACUAACAGUCCUGAUAACCCCGAUACAGUCUUCCUGAUCUGUGCUCUCCAUUUUGCUUGUCUUUUCCUUUUCUGAGCGGAGACCUUACGUUGCUUUAACCACAAUGCUCUUCUCACAUCGCUCCACCACUUCAUCUCCUCGAGCACUGUAUCAAAUGUAAUUCCAACUGUGAGUUUUAAAGUGUUUCUUUGGCUGUCGCACUGUUGAAUUUUAGCUUCGAGGGCAAAGUCCACGCUGUUGUUUCUGUGCACUCUCAUUCGCUUGCAACCCUCUCAUCUUCAUCUCACCCAUGAACAUCUUUCCUUUGGCAAGGGCUCUCAGUCUUUGGGUAGACAGGCACACAGCGGAGGAAUUAAAGAAAAAGAAAACACUGGAGGAAAUAACCUGAAACAACAACAAAAAUAAUAAGGAAAUCCCCAGAGAUAGAAAGAAAAAUGUGAACCAGCAAACCGGUGAACAAUCACACUCAGCUUGGAGAAGCGGCCUCCCCCUUGAGCUACAGUUUUGGACUGUGGAAGGAACCCUCAGUGACUCUACUUGGAUGGCACUUAGCUUUUGUUGACCCAGUGACUUUCCUCGAUACACUGACUCCUCUUUUUGUUAUGUGGGGAGGUUUUUUUUGGACUGUGUAAGUGAGUUGUAGUUGUUGCUCUCCUCCUUUCUCUGUCUCUCCCUCUCUAUCUCCUCACCAGACUAUUUCUAGUUUCAUGUGUAAUCUACUUGAUGUUUGAUUACUUGAAGGGGCAGCGUUCAGUUGCCUAGAUUUUUCGAGCACUCUGUGUAAAAUGAAGGCUUUCGGGAAAGAAGGUGAUCUUUGUGUAAAUCUUUUCAUGGCUCGGGAUGAUGAUGAUGAUGAUAUGUACAGGGGGAACGUUUUGAUACGUUUUUAUGGUCCUUCCACAGUCAAACAGGAUGAAGAAAUUGAAAGAAAAUCUAAGGCUCCAGAUUUUUUUUUUUUUUGCAAAACUGUCCACCUACAUUUUCUCAGAAAUCUUGCUGAUAUGUCUUUGUCUGCAAGGAAAGAUUAAAAAAAAAAAAGAAAGAAAAAGAAAAGGAAAAAAAAACAUUUGGGCCUCUAACCAUUCCUCAGCCAUUUUUUUCUUUAUGCUGUUUGUUGCACAAAACUUUUCAAAAAGCCUUCUGCACUGUGUAAAGAAAUAACGUUCUUUGUAAGGGAGGAAAUAAAAGUGUGGUGGGGUUGGGGCUCGAGGGGGGUGUCCAGUGGUACAGUCCAGUGGUUUUGAAUCCUGACUUGUAAAUAAUACGUUUUCAUACUGCAGAAAUCUUUUGAUAAUGUUUUAAAUGUAUCUGUAAAAACAACAACAGCGGCAAAAAAAAAAACGGAGAAAAAAGAUGUACAUAAACUUCUGGGGUAAAAGGAGUGUAGACGAUAUAUGAAUUUAUUUGUACACACGAGCACUGGAUUUCUUUACUACUUGAUUGUAACUAAAAUUUAAUAAUCUGCCAAAGUGUUCCUAUUUUACUUUCACUUCCAUUUGUUCGUUUCUGUUUUACUUUCCUGCUUUUUAACAGCAAUGCGGAUUUUUAGAGUUUCUACUGUAUUUAAUUCUGUUUAAAUUUAAUUCGUCUUUUGUUAGGUUUUUUUUUGGGGGGGGGGGCGUAGUUGUUGGG